AUGCUGCCUUUAAGAAGCAACAGAAAGGCUCGAAACAUGAAAUUUUCUUGGUUUGUGAUCUGGGCUGGCACACUGUUUUUUAAUCCAGUCACUGCUGACUGCAACUCUGCUGCUCAAACAGUCACCUGUGAGGAGUCUGGAAAGAACCUCUCUAGUAUCUCCACUAAACUUUUCCAAAAUGUUACUAAGCUAAGCCUCAAAAAUAAUAACAUCACUUUAAAAGACAGCGAGAAAGAGAUUCUUCAAAGUUUAAUUAACCUGACUGAACUUUAUAUUAAUGAAAACUUGAUUACCAUACUGUACAAUAACAGCUUCUACAACCUGUCAAAACUCUUACUUCUGGAUAUCAGCAAUAACCAAAUUAGUACAGUGCAUAAAGCAGCAUUUGCCAGAUUAAAUAAUCUGUCAGUGUUGAAUCUGUCUUGUAACAAAAUUUCUCAACUAGGUUCAGAUGUAUUUAUGUCUCUAAAAAGUCUGACAAUUUUAAAUCUACAGCGUAACUUUCUGAACUCUUUAAGUAUAAAAUCAUCUUUUAAAUUGACUAAAAUUGUUUUAGCUGGAAACCCAUGGACUUGUUCCUGUGACCUUCUUGAUUUACAGACCUGGCUAACUGCCUCCAAUGUGACAAUGGAAAAUGAAAGCAAUACCACAUGCACAUUCCCAGCAACCAAGGAAAAAUUCUCCAUCAAGAUGGCACCUAUCAAAAUAGCUGACUGCAAAACUGCAAAAUCUUCUUCAGAAAACCCUGAAACAUCCACUUCUGCCAUUAAGCUUAAAAGUAGUGCAUUACUAACAACUCUGACUCCAAACAACAUCACUGAAAACAACGGAACACAUGCAGAGUUACCACUUGGCAAAAGCUGGACCUUCCUAGCAGGUGUCCUAGGGUUUGUCCUAGGCACUACACUCCUGAUUUUCACUGCUGUAAAAUGCCCGACAUGGUAUCACUAUGUGAUCAGCUACAGGCACCGCCGCCUGCAAGAAAAUAACUCAGAAAUGUUUGAACAGGAGUUCUCAGCGGACGCGAGUUCUUCUCCUACAGCAUCAAGCACAAGCAAUGAAGAUCCCAUAGUAAUCUUUGAGAAAAUUCAUAAAUUUGUGCCUGAGGAAGAUGGAUAUAUUGAGGACAAAUACAUAGAUUCUUAA